AUGUCCAGUGACGAGGACACAACGCCAAUUCCAGGCACAUCUGCUCAUGCCAAUAAAAGAACGUCAUUGGAAGGGUCUGGACCGGCCCAUCACUCCCAUAAUGAACCAAAUAUUUUUGUACGAGGGUUUAGAGGUGUUUUUGGGUAUAGGAAAACAACGUUAACUUUGUUGGUGAUUGUGACAUUAAUUUUCGGGGUCUUAGUGUGCAAAUAUGACAACAGUCUUGACUAUACAGUCAGUUUCCCCACAGACAAGUUGGAAGUUCAAGUUUUGGAUUCCGCUUGGACUGACUUGCAGGUGAUUGCCAAACAAGAGCACACUUAUGGCUCUAAAGGUAACGAUGUUGUGUAUGAGUAUCUUGAUAAGAGGAUAAGUUCAAUCAUCAAAUCCAAAAAGACUUAUGUGGAAUUGGACCAUGACAACACUGACAAUAAUAGUAGUGUGAUGUAUUCUUCUGUUUCAGGGGACAGAAACACCGUUACUUAUUAUGAGAGUAAUAAUCUUAUUGUUCGAGUUAAUGGUAGUGAUGAAACGUUGCCUGCAUUACUUUUGAGUGCUCAUUAUGAUUCUGUUCCCUCUAGUUUUGGAGUAACUGAUGAUGGGAUGGGUGUGGCUUCCCUUUUGGGGUUAUUGGAUUACUAUUGCUCCAAGAAGGCUGAACAACCAAAACGUACCAUUAUAUUCAAUUUCAAUAAUAAUGAAGAGUUUGGUUUAUACGGAGCUACUUCCUUUGUGAAGCAUCCUUGGUUUAGUCAAAUUGGUUAUUUUUUGAACCUUGAAGGUACGGGAGCUGGUGGUAAGGCUAUUUUAUUCAGAGGUACAGAUUAUGGAAUUGCGAAAUAUUAUUCUAGUGUCAGAUUUCCUUACGGUACUUCUAUUUUCCAACAAGGUUUCAAUAACCAUUUAAUCCAUAGUGAAACCGAUUACAAGGUAUACAAGGAGAUGGGAGGGCUCAGAGGGUUAGAUGUUGCCUUCUAUAAGCCAAGAGAUCUUUAUCAUACUGCUUUAGAUAACAUUAGAAAUGUCGAUGAAAAGUCUUUAUGGCAUAUGCUCUCAACAGCAUUGGAUUUCACUAACACAAUUGUUUCCGGUAAAAUUGACUUGGAUGAAGAAUCCUUCAACAAAUCCAGUACAGAUACUGCAGUUUAUCAAAGUUUCUUGAAUUUCUUUGUUUCCUUCCCUGUUUCUCAGGUUGUUGUAUUUAACAUUGCUUUACUUGUUGUGGCCCCAUUGAUCAAUUUGCUUCUUUUGGUUAUUAUAUUUGGAUACAAGAAGAACUGGACACUAAGUUUUAUUAAUGUUGUUAAGUUUCCAGUUUCCUUGUUCAUUUCAAUGUUUGCUUUGAACUUCAUCAAUGAUUCUUUUACCAUUCAAGUGAACAAGUUUUUACCAAACUCAUCUGCCUUUUUGAUUUUGGCUACUUAUGCUUCAACUUUGUUUUUGUUCAAUUAUUUGAUUAUGAAUGGCGUAAAUCAAAUAUUUUAUAGAUAUAAAGUGGUCAAUCAUGAUGAAAAGUUGAUUGUCAUGAUUGAAAUUGCUUUAGCCUAUUGGAUUGUGCUUAUUUAUUCCACUACCAAACUUAAGAAGAACAAACUUGGUGAUGAUCAUUCUGGUGAAUUGAUUGUUUCAAUAUUGUUCCUUCUUCAAUCAUUGGCCAUUUUCUUUGGUUUAUUAAGUUGGGUAUUCAAACAUAAUGGGGACCAUGUUCAUACAUGUGGAACUGAUGAGGGUGAAUCUGAACCAUUACUUGGUUCUCAAAGAAGUGCACCUUCUUAUGUUCGUGAUGAUAAUAGUGGGUUUAUUGAGACUUCAUCCAUUGAUUCCAGAGCUUCUUCUCAUAAGGACUCUGUUGUUGUCAAGUUCUUGAGUUAUGAUUGGCUCCUUCAAUUUCUUAUUAUUGUCCCCAUUUCAUUUGUAAUCUUUUCCGAUGCUAGUUUCUUUAUCAUAGAUGGGGUUCAUAAAUCAUUGCAAGAAUCUCUUGUUUCAGAGAAGUUCAUUUAUCAAGUCCUUCAGAUUUCAGCUGUUGCCCUAGUGAUUCCCUUUUUACCGUUUGUGUUCAAGUUUAACCGUUUGAUAGUAUUGGUCUUGGUAUGUAUGGUAAUCUUUGGAUACACCAGCAUUGUGUUUGAUAAGCCAUUCGAUGAAGAAAAUCCUAUGAAGUUAAGAUUCAUCCAGUCCAUCGACUUGAAUGUAUCUCCAACUGAUAGUUAUGUUAAUGUGUUUGGAAGAGAGAAAUCUGGCUUAGAAGCUGUGGUUAAAGAUCUUCCUUCAUUCAAAUUAUCCAAACAAAAAUCUCCACUCUUAUGUGAUAGUUUGGGUGAUGGUAAUGAGGUUUGUUCAUUCAAGAGUUCCUUACCUCCAGUAUUAUCAUCUCCCAAUAAUAAUACAUUUGCUGAUGAUUUAAAGAUUGAUAUUUUGAAGAAUUCCUCUUCUAAUAAAGACCAUCUAUUUGGUUUGUUAACUGGAGAAAUCAGAAUCACUGUGCCUGAGAACAGAAUGUGCCACUUAUCAUUUAAUAGAUCGGAAUCCAAGACCAAGAUUGUUUCUGGUCUUGAUUUUCCAGACACCCCAGUUAAAACUGUCAUUGUUUAUUCUGAAAAUGACAAUGACACUGACAAAGAGUCUAGACCGGCCCUUUCAAGCAUACCCGAAGGUUUCUCCAGAGAUAAGGCUGGAAACUACCUCUAUAAAGAUUUAAAGGGUAUCAAUGACUUGCAAUUGUUGAAGUUAGAUUGGAAAAAAUCGUAUCACAUUGGCUUCCAAUGGGUUCCUUCUGUUAUCGACUUGUCUGCUAAGGAUACUACCUUGUAUAAGUUGGGAGUAAAUGUGGAGUGUUUCUGGGCUGAAUUAAGACCAUCUAAAGAUAUUCACCACCCAGUUCCUGCUUAUGAAGAGGUGUUACAUUAUAGUCCUAGCUAUGUUUCUUGGGCCAAUAAGGAUCGUGGAUUGGUUGUUGUCUCAAAAUAUAUCGAUAUUUAG